AUUGGUUUAGACGUGGCUGCUGAUUUCGUUUUCGACGUCCAAAAACUUCGUGCGUUUUUCAGCUGUCUAUUGCUACAACAAAUUGUCUGUGUACUGAGCUUUCCCAUCAGUCUGAGCUGAAAAAAAUCAGCCUGAGUAAGUACUCUUUUAACGAAACGCGUUUCCGCCAGUGAUAGGAGGUCACGAUCGUCUGUGGCAGUCGAGCGAGCACCCCCGUCAGUGAUCGCUUAUUUACGUCGUCACCAUGAUGGAAGAAGCGGCAGACGACGCUAACGGGGAUUCCACGUUCGAAUUUGUGGCCGUCAAAGACGCUGCGAUGCACUCCGACAAUACCGAAUCAAAGUCAGAUGACAGUGGAGCAGGAAGCAUGGAGAGGACACAGCAGACAGCCUCGUCAAGCCCUCCCGUCGUGACGACAGUGCCAACAUCUUUCCAGCCAGCAAUGCCCCCGCCGACGCUGACGCAGAGCCAGGCACCUCUGCGGCCAUCACCAUUCCAGCACACCCAGGUGACAGGUGCCUAUUCUCCGGGCGGCAUGCACCCGCCGCAAGGUGUGACAGCAGCAGCAGCAGUAGCAGCCCCAGCACCUGGAGCUUAUGCAUCUCAGUUUCCGCCACCCCUGCAGCCUGUCUAUCAACCACCACCAAUGGGAGCACAGCACCCUUCUCCACCACCGCCGCAACAGUAUUAUGCAAGCCAACCUAACUACUCCUACCCUGCAAACUCUGGUUCGGGUGAUCAGUCCUUCUCAGUCUCCCUGCCUACAGACUAUUACCAGAGCCUUCCACAGUCGUCGUCUGGCACUACUGGCGUCUGGGGCUGGUUUAAGGGCAACGAUUUCCUGAACAAGGUGGCAGAGAAAGCUAAGAACUCGGUUGACUCGAUGAUAACAACGUUGGAUCCAGGAAUGAAAGAAUUCAUCUAUUCUGGCGGAGACAUUGACAUCCUUGUUGCCUCGCAUGAUGAGAUCCGGAUCAUUGGUCCUGUCCGUGAGGCGUUUCAGAAGAUUUUUGGAAGAGCUACAGUUACAGGCGUUACCAUGCCUCCAUCCAACAUGGCACCCCAGCCCGUUGGAUUUGCAGCUGGUCUGCAAGCGGCCGAGGACAGGGUCACAUCACUCCAACAGACAGGCCGUGUGCCUGCUGCCCAACCCAUAUUGGCUGUGGAAAGCUUUAUUGUGGAGCUUACAUCAGAUAGCUGGUUUGACAUGCACUGUCUCGUCCUAAAGGAUGACCCAAGUGGACUGUUGCUGCAUACUUUUGGUCAACCAACACCUGUACCUGCUGAGUACAUUGCAGAGCUACAAGACAGGACACCAGCCGACUACCCGCUUCGUUGGUGUGGCCUCGCAGUCACAGUUGGGGAAGUGGCGAGCCCUCGUCUGGUGGUGCCGCAGUCUGAGUGGAGAGCAAUGCUUGGUGGCAUUCCUGAUGCACAGUUGGUUAGCUCUGCUGCUUGUGCCCUGGCUUCAAUGUACAGAAGGGCAUUACGCCGGUGACCUUGAAGGCGGAACUUCUACCUGCUUGUUUUGUGUCGGCUUGUAUAAAAAGUUGCCUUGCAUCCGAUUUGAUGUCUGCUGUAGUGGCAGAUGUCACAUGACCGCUAAUGCUUGCUUUCUGCAAGUCGAAACUUUCAGGACAGUGGUUGUACAUGUGUGGAGCAUUUAUGAGAAACUUUAGUAUAUCUGAUUUCAAACAAAAAGGUGCCAUCUUUAGGCAGAUCAUACAAUGUUGGUCAAAGCAAGAGGCAGUUGAGUGGAGCUUCGGCAACUGCAGCCAAUGGAGAAUUAUUUUUCCUGGCACGCUUUUAUAGUAGCCGCAAGGUACAAGUUCAUUGUGGUGCAUUAUAUUUUGGUGCAAUGCAACACACUUUAUUUCUGUAUUUGCACACUUCAUUUUGAUUCAUAAAAGGAAGACCUCUGUGACACGUCACAAAUCAAUGGUCAUACUGAUGUGUAUCAGUAAUUUUAAACAGAGAACACUGUGUAUGCUCAUAAGCACAUGCAUAGAUUUUUGUUAUUGAGGCAUAGUUGUCUUGUCAGUGUAUAUUAAUAAAAAAUUUGGGCAGGUCGAGUAUAACCAGAGCUUGGUGUCGGUAAUUGCCAGCAUGCACAGGAAUGUGGUUAACAUGAGAGAAUGGCAGCAUUAUUUAAAGUGUUUUUUAGUUAUGACUUUCUCCACAUUGAAGGUUUUCCUUCGAAUGUUGCACAUGCUAUAGCAACAACACGCAAUUUACAUGAGUGGAAAUAUUUUGCUCAAAGCAAAAUCAUUUCGCUCUUGUACAUUGCCUUAUCUUCCUGGAAGCGGAAUUGAAGCAACAUAGUACAGAUCUCAGAACUGUUGAAAGCAACAGACAAGUAUGUAAAGUGUUGCAAGUCCUGUAUGCUGUUUCCCGAGCUGUACAGCCUAUUUUAGUGGACAGUGCUUCCUGAAAGACAUAGUGUAGGGCUGGAGAAUAUAAGAAAGCAGUGCAAAUUGCUUAAACGGACACUAAGGGACACGAGCUAGAUCAAUAAAUUAUUUGUCUAGAAGCCUAUCAUCAUUUUCUGUGUGCUAAUAUAUCAGUUUGUUGCAUACAAAAUUGCCGGCAAAGGUCCUGCUAUUGCUUGUCAAUUUGAACCAUGCGUGCCAGAACGGAUCAGUUGACGUAAUCUCCGUGUGACCUCCCUUUAUGCUGUGCUCUCUGAAUCAACCAGUGAAGUCGCACGAGAGGUAUCAUAAUCUACAACAGAUGGCACCUCUCCGAUUUUUCAUUUUUGUCAUUUUCUCACUUACAAAAACUUUGUUCUUGCUACGAAUGACGAAUUCGUUAUUACAGGAGCCUUAUCUUUCAAUCUUUAGUGUCCCUAUAUAACUGCGAAGAACCAACGCAAGCGUAUGUUGUUAAUAAUGGUUCUGUGUAAUAUUGCUCUUUAUUUGACUGGAAACCAUGCCGUUCAUCCAUAUCGUGCAGGCAUGGUUUGUAGGUGUGCAUUCACACUAAUGCUUUCGUGAGUGCAAGGCUGGUGAAAGCUACAACUGGUUGUAAAUAAUGUGUGAUUCCUCUGAGUGUUGUUAGGCACAUUCAGAUGCAUGCCGGAACCAGUCAUCUCACAUACACAUUUCCUGUAAAACGUCAUGAAACAGAAAUACUGCAAAGCUUUGAGUUCCUGGGAAAGACUUUCCAGUCUUCAAGAUUCAGUGGGUCUGCAGACUGUAAUGCUACAUGAUGGUUUUGCAAGGUAUUAUUUCUUUAAAGGUGCACUAAAGAGAAAUAAUAAAUUGGACUGGGCUGUUAGAACACCCUUUUGGAAUUGCUGAUACAUGUGGGUCAGUCUGUGAAUACAGUCUAGAAGGGUAGCUAACAUUGCCAUCCUUGGGUUCCUGCAGCAACCACUCAAGGUUUCAAGAGAUAUUGGUUGCACUUGCAUGGGCCCAGUUAACAGUUUAUAUUACCAAUGAAGAACAACAUUGCAUUAAAAAGUAAAAAAAUAA